CAGCCCGUCGGACAACACUCUCAAGCAAGGUUUUCCGCCCGCGUUGCGCUAGACACUGUGGACGAUCUCUGCCGGCUACCUGGCUACCUGCACAAAUAAAAAGGCAGUGGGUUCCGACUCCCGAGAACCCACAGUUCCGAACACACAAUUCUCCGAUUCAUAAUUCGUUGUCGCUAUUAAGGCGACGAAUACUCCGACCGACUGACUGAUCUGGCCUGUGCGAAUCUUUCACCGACACUAACUUUAACCCACGGCAACUACACACACACGUCACCAGUAACCGCGAUCAGAUCCGAUGGGAGCCCUGCGGAAAGCAAAGGUCGCGCUGUGGGGCGAGAUACCGGCGACGAAAGCGGAGAAGAAACUGCUUCUAAAGAUCGAUUGGUUCAUAUUGUCGUUUUGCUGUCUUGCGUACUUUUGCAAUUACCUGGACCGGAGUAAUAUCAAUAAUGCCUAUGUUUCUGGAAUGAAGGAGGACCUGAAUAUGUCGGGAAACCAGAUUACAAAGAUCUCGGCGAUAUUUACCUGCGGUUACAUCGCUGGAAUGAUACCAAACAACAUAGCACUGCUCAAGUUCCCCCCUCGAAUCUGGUUUCCCUUUACGAUCCUCGCAUGGGGACUUUUGACGCUCGGAACCUUCAAUGUCUCAUCGGUGGAGCAGAUCUACGUGAUCCGGUUCUUCCAGGGAUUUUUCGAAGCCAGCAGUUUCGUGGGGACACAUUAUAUUCUCGGAUCGUGGUAUACCGAGUCUGAACUGGCAAAGCGCAGCGGGAUAUUCACCGCCUCGGGACUGGCUGGAACACUCUUCUCGGGGAUCCUGCAGUCGUCGAUUCACAAAAGUAUGGAUGGACUGAGAGGGAUUGCCGGGUGGAGGUGGCUGUUUAUCAUUGAUUUCCUGAUUACACUUCCGGUGGCGGUUUAUGGAUUCAUUUGCUUUCCGGAUACACCGGAGACUACGAAGGCAUUCUACCUCACCGCCGCGGAAAAGAAGCUGGCAGUAGAGCGUCUGCCCAAGAAGGCGGAGACGAGUCUCACAUGGGACAUCUUCAAGCGUGUUCUUGGCCGAUGGCACUUCUGGAUGUUCUCCGUGCUCUGGGCGAUAUCCGGCGAGGUAGAGUCGUUCUCGACAAAUAACCUGUUCGGCCUCUACCUGGCCGAUAUGGGACGGUCUGUGGCGGUACGGAAUAACUAUCCUAUGGGUGUUUCGGCCGUGGGGAUCGUUACUACGUUGAUUGCGGCUCUGUAUGUCGAUCUGACGAAGAAACACUGGCACAUUGGCGUCUGGUCCGCCUUCAUCGGAAUCCUAAGCUCGUCUCUAGUCCUCGCCUACCGUCCGGAGCCCUUGGUUUUCGUCGGCUACUACAUCGCCGGCGGCAUUUACGCCGUGCAAGCCGCCUUCUUCGCCUGGGCCAAUGUGAUCUGCCACAACGACAACGAGGAGCGCGCUAUCGUCCUGGCAUCAAUGAAUCUCUUGAGCAACGCCGUAAACGCCUGGUGGGCUAUUGUAUUCUACUCCGCCAACUUCGCGCCGCGAUUUGAGCGUGGUAUGUGGGCCAUGAUCGGCACGUCCAUCGCGCUGGUGGCAUGGACUGUGGCGAUCCGAUGGUUCCAAAGGAGAGAUGCGGGGAGGGAGAUGGACAAGCAGCGGGCGUGCGAGGUGGCGGAGGAGUGAUGUGGUAAGAUGGGAUGGGAUGUAUGCUGUAAUAUAUGGGACGUGUAGUCGAGAUGCUGGUGGGUAAGUAAAUAUGGUACUACAAGUAUAGAAAGACGGGGUAAAAUAGGUAUGCUGUAACUACUGAAGUCUGAAACCUCGCUAGGAU